AUGGAUAGAGGGAAUUGCUCGUCCUUGACUGAAUUCAUCUUCUUGGGAAUCACUCAUAACACUGAGAACAAAGUGACCCUGUUCUCCAUGCUUCUACUUGUUUAUCUCAUUAACCUUGGGGCCAAUCUUGGAAUGAUCACCCUAAUUAGACUGGAUUCCAAGCUGCACACACCCAUGUACUUUUUCCUCAGCCACCUCUCUUUCUGUGACCUCGGCUAUUCCACAGCAGUUGGCCCCAAGAUGCUGGUGGACAUAAUUGCCAAGAACAGAUCAAUCCCCUUCCUUGGAUGUGCCCUGCAGUUCUUGGUCUUCUGUACCUGUGCAGAUUGUGAGUGUCUCCUGCUGGCUGUGAUGGCCUAUGACCGGUACAAGGCCAUCAGCAACCCGCUGCUCUACACAGUCAGCAUGUCCGGCAGCGUGUGCUCCCUGCUCGUGGCGGGGGUGUACCUGGUGGGGAUGGCGGAUUCUUUGAUGCACACGACAUUAGCCUUCCGCUUGUGUUUCUGUGGCUCAAAUGAGAUUAACCAUUUCUUCUGUGAUUUACCUCCUCUCUUCCUCCUUUCCUGCUCUGGAAUACAGGUUAAUGAAUUGGUAUUAUUCACCAUUUUUGGCUUCAUUGAACUGAGUACCAUUUCAGGAGUCCUUGUCUCUUACUUUUAUAUUAUCCUGUCAGUGUUGAAGAUCCACUCUGCUGAGGGGAGGCUCAAAGCUUUCUCCACCUGCACCUCCCACUUAACUGCCGUGGCCAUUUUCCAGGGAACUAUGGUCUUCACGUAUUUCCGGCCGAGCUCUUUCUACUCUCUGGAUCAAGACAAAAUGACCUCACUGUUUUACACCCUUGUGAUUCCCAUGUUAAACCCUCUGAUUUACAGCCUACGGAACAAGGAUGUGAAAGAGGCCCUUGAAAAAUUGAAAAUU